UGUUCCUUUGAGCGUUAAAGAGAGAGUAUCUUGUGGGCCGGAGGUGUCGAGGCUGUGCAGUGAACGGCAAUGGAAGCGUUGGAGGGCUAAAGUAAAACUUCUCCAAGAUGUCUGUGGAGGCGGAGUCGUUGCUGCAGGAGGUGAAGGAGUGUAUAGAAGCAGCUCAGAACUAUAGAAGUGAACUGCAGCAAAGAUUACAAGGACUGAGCCAGGCACGCAAACAGGUGCGAGGAAGCUCCACUCACACCCGCGAGGUCUUGAAGCGGCAUUUUCAGGAUCUCCAGGCGACUCUGAGCCGUUUGCUAAACGAGCGACUGAACACGCUCCUGCAGGAAGUGGAUGCCAUCGAGCAGGACAGCAUCAAUCCGCUAGACGACUGCCAGAAACUCAUCGAACAUGGCGUCAAAAUGGCCGACGACCUCCUGCGUGAAGGUGAAGCGGCGAUACGCUGCGGGAUCAGUGACCGAGAGGACAAACUGUGCAGCUUUGCGAAAAAAGCCCUUCACAUCCAACUAGACAGCCUCCCCGAGGUGCCGGCGCUGGUGGACGUGCCGUGUGUAUCGGCGCAGCUGGACGACUCGUUGCUGUGUUCGAUGCAGGAGCGAGUGACGCGCCACGGAAGUGUGUCGUCCCACCCGCCCGUACAAAUCGAGGAGCUGGUUGAGAGAGCCGGUGGGGUGUUGGUGCGCUGGAGCAAGGUAGACGAGGACUUUUACCCUCAGGAGUACAGACUGCAAUACAGACGCAGCAGCUCCACCCAUUACGAGGACGCGUACGUCGGGAGCGAGUGCGAGUUCCUGCUGCUGCACCUGGACCCUCACACGGAUUACCUGUUCCGAGUGUGCGCACGAGGCGAGGGGCGCACCGAGUGGAGCCCGUGGAGUGUCCCGCAGACCGGAUACACAACCCUAACAGCGCACGAGUGGAGUGCCGGUGUGGAUGGGUACAUUCUGAGCAGCAGGAAGAACAUGGCUCUUCGCAGCGACUCGUCAUCCUCAGGAAGCGCAUCUGUGCUUUACUCCAACGCACCAUCCUACUUCUGUGGACAAACCCUCACCUUCAAGAUUACAGCAGCAGGGCAGAUGGAUAAGCGUGACAGUCUGGGGGUGUGUGUGGAUAAACCCAGUAAUUCAGAAUCUCUGCAGAGGGACCAGGCUGUGUGUAUCUCCACUAACGGUGCCGUGUUUGUUAACGGGAAAGAAAUGACCAACCAGCUUCCCGCAGUCACCGUCGGCUCAGUCAUCACCUACGAUAUGGAAGUGGUCAGCAUUAUCCCAGCGAACAACAACAACCCGAGCGACGCCAUCAGCUUCAAACUGCGGGUUACAAUCGGUUCGGGGAACCGGGAGGUGGUUUUUGAUUGGCUGCUCGACCAAGUUGUGGACUGCCUCUUCUUCGGCUGUUCCUUCACAAACCCAGGGUGGAAAGUGCUGGUUUUCUGAUACUCAGUUUAUUAUUAUUAUUAUUUUUGGCUGAUGUGCUUCAUUUUGUUUGUAUCUUGACGUCAAAGCUGUUUACAGUGUUUACUCACACGUACAAUUAAUCGCAAACUAGUGUUCAUUUUUAACUUGCUGUCCGAGCCACCACGCGAAAAUGUUAAGCCCCGCCCAGCAAAAAGGGAGCUUGUGAUGAUGCUGGUCAUCAUUGUAAAUAAGGGGUUAUUUCCAAUGGGUAAAUUAUUUCCAAUAGGAAAGUAUUUCCUACUUCCCUAGUUAUUCCCUAGUUUUUUCCCUAGUUAUUUCUUAUAAGUGGUUAUUCCCUUAUUUCCAACGACGACCAGCAUCACCAGCUCACUUUUUCCGAAAACUGCGUAUGCUAGCCAGCCGUCCUAUCUUACCAGAGCCUCCUACUUCUGAAAUCUGUUUUUGAAAGCCAUGCUGGUCAGCAGUGCCAUCACAUCAUACCGAUUGACCCCUAAUGGUUGCCUACACUGUUUACACGACCAACCCAUGAUUUCAUGCUCGAUCAUGAACGGGUUGCUUAGUUUCCAGGGAAGCUUUCAACAACACAGAAACAAAAGGGCUAGAAUAACACAUAACUCACGCUUAAGAUAAAACGCCUUGUGCUUAUCCAAAGAUACCGUAUACCCAGCUUGCUAGUUUUAAACAGCAACACUCAUUUAAUGUUAAAAACAAUUUACAUUCAAUAAGAACGGAGACAAAAAUGCGAAUCUUAUUAGGAAACAGUGCUAAAGAGAACUACGACAAACAAGUACACGAUUAUCCUAAUAGGAUUAAAAGGUGAAAAUGAAUUCUUUUUCCAGCAUUUUUUGGCUUACGUACUUCUCUCAGUAACAGGUGUGUUAAGGUUUCUUUUUUUUUUUUAAUAGAUAAUAGAUAAAUAGUCUGUGCAGUCUUGAGUUGCAGAGCAUGCUGGUUUACCACAAAAGCUCAGAUGCAGAUCUUCGAGGUUGUUUUCUUCUCUCUCUCUUUUUUCCAGGGGUAGGGGAUAUAUCUUUUGAAGUAAUAAUAAUUUUCUGUUUCUGCGAAAGCUAAUCUGGGGAUCUGGACUAAAAUGAAACUGCAUAACAAAUGUGAAUCUCAAAACCGUAAGUCAAAUUUGUACACCGUUUCGACACGCGUUCCAUUUGGAACAAGACGCUGGGCUGGGAAAGCUGUACAUCUGAGCAGCCUUUAUGUUAAGUUUUCUAAGCAAAAAAACAAACAAAAGAAGUUGUCUUCGACAUAGUGGUAUUCAGGGGUAGUGGCCGUAGCUACGGUAAAUACAACAAAACGUUUUGCUGACUACUUACGAUGAUCUACUGUUCAAAAAUAAAAUGGCCACAUUUGCUAAAUGACAAGCUUGCUAACCUGCUAGCUAAAGAAAAAUAGUGCAAUUCCAACGGUUGACGAGUCCAGAGUCAAGAAUCAAUCCCAAUUUGAACACAGACCGACACUAGUCAGUAUCGGAGCAAUAAAUGAACGCCAGCUAUCUGAAAGGUACUUAGAUGUUAUAAUGCUGUUGAACAGGUAUUCAGACACGUAGCAGGGUUGAUCAAACUGUGACGGUUUAGUGAAUUUGUAGCUUUGUACCUCAUUUGCGUGUGUGUGUGCCUUCUGAAUACACCUGAGAUUUUCGCCAAUCAUUAAUAAAAACGAUUCAAUUCUA